ACAAGGCGUGUAAACCGCAAAAUCGAAUUUAGGGCGCUUUCAUCAAUCACCAGGAAAAAGAAAAAAGUCAAGAAACAGUUGACCAGUUACAAACGCUUCUCUCAUCAAUCUCGACUGCUCUCUGCUCUGUGGAUACAGAAAUCGAAUUGGACGAAAAUGGGAAAACGAGAGAAAAAACCUAAUCGACGUCGUCAGAAAGGAGAAUAUUCGAAUGACGCCGAAGAUUUCUACGAUCAAAAUCCGCCGGCUGUUGCCGCCUCCGUCGAGGAAGAAGAAGAAAACUCCGAGGAAGAAGAAGAAAACGAGGGGAACGGCGAGCUCCAGUCAUCGGAUUUGCCGUCAAAGUUCCUUUUAUACCAACAAUCAGUUCAGUCACCAAAAGGAGACAUAAGCUACUUGCAGAAGUUCUUCUUGAUGUAUGUGGGUGGAAGACAGCCUCUCCAUUUUCAAGAAGAUUUCUGUGGCACUGCUCUUUUAAGUGCGGAGUGGCUGAAGGCUGACACAAGGCGGACUGCUAUAGGGCUAGAUUUCGACCUCGAGGCACUAGAAUGGUGCAUGGAUAACAACAUCAGUAAACUCGGCGCUGACGUGUGCUCAAGAAUGUCGCUUUUCCACGGGAAUGUCUUGAGCCCUCUUGAGGCUAAGCUAGUGAAAUCUAAAUCACACGAGCUGAUACAGAAUGUAACAUUGGAUGAUGAUGAUGGUGAUAACGAAGAUUCGGUUGAUCAUGGUGUCGAGUCCUUAGAGAAAGAUGAACCUGAUUCAUUACCAAAGAGGGAUAUCGUCUGCGCUUUCAAUUUUAGCUGCUGUUGUCUCCACAAACGCUCUGAGUUGGUUACUUACUUCAAGAACGCACGCGAGGCUUUGUCCAAGAGAGGAGGUAUCUUCGUGAUGGAUUUAUAUGGAGGUGCUUCUGCUGAAGGACAGUUGAAGCUUCAACGGAAGUUCCCGAGUUUCACUUAUACAUGGGAGCAAACUGAGUUUGAUAUUGUAAGCCGCAAGACAAGGAUCAGUCUGCACUAUCAUCUUAAGAAGCAGAACAGAAAGAUUCGCCAUGCUUUUUCAUAUAGCUGGAGAUUGUGGUCAUUGCCGGAGAUAAAGGACUGUAUGGAGGAAGCCGGAUUUAGAUCAGUGCAUUUUUGGCUUAGGGAAAUGCCGGAAGCUUCUGAGAUGCGUAGAACAGAUGGGUUUGGUGCAGGACGUGAUAUCAAGUACGAAGAAGUUAAGAGCUUUCAACAGUGUGAUGCUUGGAAUGCUUACAUAGUUGCUGUCAGCGUCUAGAUUUAACCGAAUAGAUGGUUUAAGUCUUUUAACUGGAACCCACCCCAACCAGGCCAAUAGAGUUGGUUUUUUUUUUUUUUUUUUUGUGGCUAACAACUUUUCAUUCAUCCAAAACGAUUACAUCGCAUGGUUUUCACCCUCUACAAUUGGCAACGUAGAAUACAACUUGGGAAC